AGCGCGCGCCGUGGGGGAAGGGGUGCGCGCGCACUAGGGGCCCCAGCCGCACGCGGGCCGGCGCGAAGCGCUCGGUCGCUCGCGCCGCCGCGGGGGCGCGCGCGGUGGGGGUGUGAGGAGGAGGAGGCGGCGGCGGAAUAGGCCGGGGCAGGUCGCACUCGCUGCCUUCUCCCCUGAAGAGAGACGCGGGGGGAGGGGGGUGCGGCGAGCGGCUCCGCGCUCUCCCCACCGCUCCGCUCGCGCCCCAGUGUAAUGAGGGUCACCCCCUCCCCCCAGCCGGCCCGGGAGGGGGCGCGGGGCACGGUUGAUGCUGGCCCAGGAUGGAUCAGACCUGUGAACUACCUAGAAGAAAUUGUCUGCUGCCCUUUUCCAAUCCAGUGAAUUUAGAUGCCCCUGAAGACAAGGACAGCCCUUUCGGUAAUGGUCAAUCCAAUUUUUCUGAGCCACUUAAUGGGUGUACUAUGCAGUUAUCGACUGCCAGUGGAACAUCCCAAAAUGCUUAUGGACAAGAUUCUCCAUCUUGUUACAUUCCACUGCGGAGACUACAGGAUUUGGCCUCCAUGAUCAAUGUAGAGUAUUUAAAUGGGUCUGCUGAUGGAUCAGAAUCCUUUCAAGACCCUGAAAAAAGUGAUUCAAGAGCUCAGUCGCCAAUUGUUUGCACUUCCUUGAGUCCUGGUGGUCCAACAGCACUUGCUAUGAAACAGGAACCCUCUUGUAAUAACUCCCCUGAACUCCAGGUAAAAGUAACAAAGACUAUCAAGAAUGGCUUUCUGCACUUUGAGAAUUUUACUUGUGUGGACGAUGCAGAUGUAGAUUCUGAAAUGGACCCAGAACAGCCAGUCACAGAGGAUGAGAGUAUAGAGGAGAUCUUUGAGGAAACUCAGACCAAUGCCACCUGCAAUUAUGAGCCUAAAUCAGAGAAUGGUGUAGACGUGGCCAUGGGAAAUGAACAAGACAGCACACCAGACAGUAGACACGGUGCAGUCAAAUCGCCAUUCUUGCCAUUAGCUCCUCAAACUGAAACACAGAAAAAUAAGCAAAGAAAUGAAGUGGACGGCAGCAAUGAAAAAGCAGCCCUUCUCCCAGCCCCCCUUUCACUAGGAGAUACAACCAUUACCAUAGAAGAGCAAUUAAACUCAAUAAAUUUAUCUUUUCAGGAUGAUCCAGACUCCAGUACCAGUACAUUAGGAAACAUGCUAGAAUUACCUGGAACUUCAUCAUCAUCUACUUCACAGGAAUUGCCAUUUUGUCAGCCCAAGAAAAAGGCUACGCCGCUGAAGUAUGAAGUUGGAGAUCUCAUCUGGGCAAAAUUCAAGAGACGCCCUUGGUGGCCCUGCAGGAUUUGUUCUGAUCCGUUGAUUAACACACACUCAAAAAUGAAAGUUUCUAACCGGAGGCCCUAUCGACAGUACUACGUGGAGGCUUUUGGAGAUCCUUCUGAGAGAGCCUGGGUGGCUGGAAAAGCAAUCGUCAUGUUUGAAGGCAGACAUCAAUUUGAAGAGCUACCUGUCCUUAGGAGAAGAGGGAAGCAGAAAGAAAAAGGAUAUAGGCAUAAGGUUCCUCAGAAAAUUUUGAGUAAAUGGGAAGCCAGUGUUGGUCUUGCUGAGCAGUAUGAUGUUCCCAAAGGGUCGAAGAACCGAAAAUGUGUCACCAGUUCACUCAAGUUGGACAGUGAGGAGGAUAUGCCGUUUGAGGACUGUACAAAUGACCCUGAAUCAGAACAUGACCUGUUGCUUAAUGGCUGCUUGAAAUCUCUGGCUUUUGACUCUGAACAUUCUGCAGAUGAGAAGGAAAAACCUUGUGCUAAGUCUCUAGCCAGAAAGAGCUCUGAUAAUCCAAAAAGGACUAGUGUGAAAAAGGGCCACAUGCAAUUUGAAGCACAUAAGGAAGAACGGAGGGGAAAGAUUCCAGAGAACCUUGGCCUAAACUUUAUUUCUGGGGAUGUAUCUGAUAAGCAGGCCUCUAAUGAACUUUCCCGGAUAGCAAACAGCCUCACAGGGCCCAGCUCUGCCCCAGGAAGUUUCCUAUUUUCUUCUUGUGCAAAAAACACUGCAAAGAAAGAAUUUGAGACUUCAAAUUGUGACUCUUUACUGGGCUUAUCUGAGGGUGCCUUGCUCUCUAAACGUUCUGGGGAGAAGAAGAAACUCCAGCGAGGUCUGGUGUGUAGUUCAAAAGUGCAGCUCUGCUAUAUUGGAGCAGGUGAUGAAGAAAAGCGAAGUGAUUCCAUUAGUAUCUGUACCACUUCUGAUGAUGAUGGAAGCAGUGAUCUGGAUCCCAUAGAUCAUAGUUCAGAGUCUGAUAACAGUGUCCUUGAAAUUACAGAUGCUUUCGAUAGAACAGAGAACAUGUUACCUGUGCAGAAAAAUGAAAAGGUAAAGUAUUCUAGGUAUCCUGCCACAAACACUAAGGUAAAAGCAAAGCAGAAGACCCUCAUUACUAACUCACACACAGACCACUUGAUGGAUUGUACCAAGACAGUAGAGCCUGGAACUGAGACGUCUCAGGUUAAUCUCUCUGAUCUUAAAGUGUCAACUCUUGUCCGAAAACCCCAAUCAGAUUUUAGAAAUGAUGGUCUUUCUCCAAAAUUUAACACACCAUCAAGCAUUUCCAGUGAGAACUCAAUAAUAAAAGGUGGGGCUACAAAUCAAGCUCUGUUACAUUCGAAAAGCAAACAGCCCAAGAUCCGAAGUAUCAAGUGCAAACAUAAAGAAAACCCAGUUGUAGUAGAACCGCCUGUUGCAGAUGAGGACUGCAGUUUGAAAUGCUGCUCUUCUGAUACCAAAGGCUCUCCUUUGGCCAGCAUUUCCAAAAGUGGGAAAGUGGAUGGGCUAAAACUACUGAGCAACAUGCAUGAGAAAACCAGGGAUUCGAGUGACAUAGAAACAGCAGUGGUGAAACACGUUCUGUCAGAGUUGAAAGAACUCUCUUAUAGAUCCUUAAGUGAAGAUGUCAGUGACUCCGGAAUGUCAAAGCCAUCAAAACCAUUACUUUUUUCUUCUGCCUCUGGUCAGAAUCAUAUACCUAUUGAACCAGACUACAAAUUCAGUACAUUACUAAUGAUGUUGAAAGAUAUGCAUGAUAGUAAGACCAAGGAGCAACGGUUAAUGACUGCUCAGAACUUGGUCUCUUAUCGGAGUCCUGGUCUUGGGGACUGUUCUACCAGUAGUCCUGUGGGGGCUUCUAAGGUCUUGGUUUCAGGAGGCUCCACUCACAAUUCAGAAAAAAAUGGAGAUGGCACUCAGGAUCCAGUCCGUCCUAGCCCUAGUGGGGGUGACUCUGCACUGUCUGGGGAGCUAUCUACCUCUCUACCUGGCUUGGUGUCCGAUAAAAGAGACCUCCCUGCUUCUGGCAAAAAUCGUUCAAACUGUGUUACUAGGCGCAACUGUGGUCGAUCAAAGCCAUCCAAAUUACGAGAUGGUUUUUCAACCCAGAUGGGAAAGAACACAGUGAACCGUAAAGCCUUAAAGACAGAGCGCAAAAGAAAACUGAACCAGCUUCCAGCUGUGACUCUUGAGGCUGCACUGCAGGGAGACAGAGAGAGUAGGGGUUCAGAGAAUAGCUCCUCCAGAGGUGAGGCAGAAGACCCUGGUAAAGAAGAACCCCUUCAAUUAAUGGGCCAUUUAACAAGUGAAGAUGGUACCCAUUUUUCCAGUGUUAAUUUUGAUAAUAAAGUCAACCAGUCCGACCCUGAUAAAAUUCCUGAAAAAGACCCCUCUUUUGAAAACAGAAAAGGGACAGAGCUGGAGUCUGAAAUGAUUAGUGAGAAUGAUGAACCCACUAGUGUAAAUCAAGUGGUGCCUAAAAAGCGGUGGCAGCGUUUAAACCAAAGGCGCACUAAACCUCGUAAGCGCACUAACAGAUUUAGGGAGAAAGAAAACUCUGAGGGUGCCUUUGGGGUCUUGCUUCCUGCUGACCCUGUAAAGAAGGGAGAUGAGUUCCCAGAACAGAGACCUCCUCCUUCGACGAACAUACUAGAGGAUGCACUGACAGAUCCAAAUCAUGCCGACUGCUUAGAUUCAGCUGGGCCACGGUUGAAAGUUUGUGAUAAAUCCGGUGCCAGCAAUGAAGAGGUGGAAAAGGAGCCAGGAAUUCCCAGUUUGACCCCUCAGCCUGAGCUCCCUGAACCAGCUGUGCGGUCAGAGAAGAAACGCCUUAGGAAGCCAAGCAAGUGGCUUCUGGAAUAUACAGAAGAAUAUGAUCAGAUAUUUGCUCCUAAGAAAAAACAAAAGAAGGUACAGGAACAGGUGCACAAGGUAAGUUCCCGCCGUGAAGAGGAAAGCCUUUUAGCCCGGUGUCGAUCUAGUGCUCAGAACAAACAGGUGGAUGAGAAUUCUUUGAUUUCAACCAAAGAAGAGCCUCCAGUUCUUGAAAGGGAGGCUCCGUUUUUGGAAGGGCCCUUGGCUCAGUCAGAACUUGGAGGUGGACAUGCUGAGUUGCCACAGCUGACCUUGUCUGUGCCUGUGGCUCCGGAAGUCUCUCCACGGCCUGCCCUUGAGUCUGAGGAAUUGCUAGUUAAAACACCAGGAAAUUAUGAAAGUAAGCGUCAGAGAAAACCAACUAAGAAACUUCUUGAAUCCAAUGAUUUAGACCCUGGAUUUAUGCCCAAGAAAGGGGAACUUGGCCUUACUAAAAAGUGUUAUGAAGCUGGUCACUUGGAGAAUGAAAUUACUGAAUCAUGUGCUGCAUCUCGUUCUAAAGAGUUUGGUGGAGGCACCACCAAGCUGUUUGAUAAACCAAGGAAGCGAAAACGACAGAGACAUGCUACAGCCAAGGUGCAUUGUAAAAAAGUGAAAAAUGACAGCUCAUCAAAAGAAACUCCAAGCUCCGAGGGAGAACUGAUGACACACAGGACAGCUGCAAGCCCCAAGGAGACCGUUGAGGAGGGUGUAGAAAAUGACCACGGAAUGCCUGUAUCUAAAAAACUGCAGGGUGAACGAGGAGGAGGAGCUGCACUCAAGGAGAAUGUUUGUCAGAACUGUGAGAAACUGGGUGAGCUGCUAUUAUGUGAGGCUCAGUGCUGUGGGGCUUUCCACCUGGAGUGCCUUGGAUUAACUGAAAUGCCCAGAGGAAAAUUUAUCUGCAAUGAAUGUCGCACAGGAAUACAUACCUGUUUUGUAUGCAAGCAGAGUGGGGAAGAUGUUAAAAGGUGCCUUCUGCCCUUAUGUGGAAAGUUUUACCAUGAAGAGUGUGUCCAGAGAUAUCCACCCACUGUCUUGCAGAACAAGGGCUUCCGGUGCUCCCUCCACAUAUGUAUAACCUGCCAUGCUGCUAAUCCAGCCAGUGUUUCUGCAUCUAAAGGUCGACUGAUGCGCUGUGUCCGCUGCCCAGUGGCAUACCAUGCCAAUGACUUUUGCCUGGCUGCUGGGUCAAAGAUCCUUGCAUCCAAUAGCAUCAUCUGCCCUAAUCACUUUACCCCCAGACGUGGCUGCCGAAAUCAUGAGCAUGUUAAUGUUAGCUGGUGUUUUGUAUGCUCAGAAGGAGGCAGCCUUCUGUGCUGUGAUUCUUGCCCUGCUGCUUUUCAUCGUGAAUGCCUGAACAUUGAUAUCCCUGAAGGAAACUGGUAUUGCAAUGACUGUAAGGCAGGCAAAAAGCCACAUUACAGGGAAAUUGUCUGGGUAAAAGUUGGACGAUACAGGUGGUGGCCAGCUGAGAUCUGCCAUCCUCGAGCUGUACCUUCCAAUAUUGACAAGAUGAGACAUGAUGUGGGCGAGUUCCCUGUGCUCUUCUUUGGGUCUAAUGACUAUCUGUGGACUCACCAGGCCCGAGUCUUUCCCUACAUGGAGGGGGAUGUGAGCAGCAAGGAUAAGAUGGGCAAAGGAGUGGACGGUACAUAUAAAAAAGCUCUUCAGGAAGCUGCAGCAAGGUUUGAGGAGUUAAAGACCCAAAAAGAGCUAAGACAGCUACAGGAAGAUCGAAAGAAUGACAAGAAGCCACCGCCUUAUAAGCAUAUAAAGGUGAACCGUCCUAUUGGCAGGGUACAGAUCUUCACUGCAGACUUGUCUGAAAUUCCCCGUUGCAACUGUAAAGCUACUGAUGAGAACCCCUGUGGGAUAGACUCCGAGUGCAUCAACCGCAUGCUGCUCUAUGAGUGUCACCCCACAGUAUGUCCUGCUGGAGGGCGCUGCCAAAACCAGUGCUUUACUAAGCGCCAGUAUCCAGAGGUUGAAAUUUUUCGCACAUUACAGAGGGGCUGGGGUCUCCGGACAAAAACAGAUAUCAAAAAGGGUGAAUUUGUCAAUGAAUAUGUGGGUGAGCUAAUAGAUGAAGAAGAGUGCAGAGCUCGAAUCCGUUAUGCCCAAGAACACGAUAUCACUAAUUUCUAUAUGCUCACUUUAGACAAAGAUCGUAUUAUUGAUGCUGGUCCCAAAGGAAACUAUGCUCGAUUCAUGAAUCAUUGCUGCCAGCCCAACUGUGAAACACAGAAGUGGUCUGUGAAUGGAGAUACCCGUGUUGGCCUUUUUGCCUUGAGUGACAUUAAAGCAGGCACUGAACUUACCUUCAACUACAACCUAGAAUGUCUUGGGAAUGGAAAGACUGUUUGCAAAUGUGGAGCUCCGAACUGCAGUGGCUUUUUGGGUGUAAGGCCAAAGAAUCAACCCAUUGCCACAGAGGAAAAGUCAAAGAAAUUCAAGAAGAAGCAACAGGGGAAGCGCAGGACCCAGGGUGAAAUCACAAAGGAGCGAGAGGAUGAGUGUUUCAGCUGUGGGGAUGCUGGCCAGCUCGUCUCCUGUAAGAAGCCAGGCUGCCCCAAAGUUUACCAUGCAGACUGUCUCAAUCUAACCAAGCGACCAGCAGGGAAGUGGGAGUGUCCUUGGCAUCAGUGUGACAUCUGCGGAAAGGAAGCAGCCUCCUUCUGUGAGAUGUGUCCCAGCUCCUUUUGUAAGCAGCAUCGGGAAGGGAUGCUCUUUAUCUCCAAACUGGAUGGGCGUCUGUCUUGUACUGAGCAUGACCCCUGUGGGCCCAACCCUCUGGAACCUGGGGAGAUCCGUGAGUAUGUACCUCCUACAGUACCGCUGCCUCCAGGCCCAAGCACUCACCUGGCAGAGCAAUCAUCAGGAGUAGCUGCUCAGGGGCCCAAGAUGUCGGACAAGCCAUCUGCUGACACCAACCAGACGCUGUCGCUGUCCAAAAAAGCUCUGGCAGGGACUUGUCAGAGGCCACCGCUGCCUGAAAGGCCUCCUGAUAGAACUGACUCCAGGCCCCAGCCUGUAGAUAGGGUCAGGGACCUUGCUGGGUCAGGGACCAAAUCCCAAUCCUUGGUAUCCAGCCAGAAGCCAUUGGACAGGCCACCUGCAAUGGCAGGACCAAGACCCCAACUAUCUGACAGACCCUCUCCAGUGACCGGCCCAAGCUCCUCACCCUCAGUCAGGUCACAACCACUGGAAAGACCUCUGGGGACAGCUGACCCAAGGCUGGAUAAAUCCAUAGGUGCUGCCAGCCCAAGGCCCCAGUCACUGGAGAAAACCCCUGUCCCUACUGGCCUGAGACUUCCACAGCCAGACAAACUGCUAGUCACCAGCGGUCCCAAACCCCAGACUGCAGACAGGCCCCCCGACAAAUCCCAUGCCUCUUUGUCCCAGAGACUCCCACCUCCUGACAAAGUACUGUCAGCUGUGGUCCAGACCCUGGUAGCUAAAGAAAAAGCACUGAGGCCUGUGGACCAGAAUACUCAGUCAAAAAAUAGAGCUGCUUUGGUGAUGGAUCUCAUAGACCUAACUCCUCGCCAGAAGGAACGGGCAGCUUCUCCCCAUGAGAUCACACCACAGGUUGAUGAGAAGAUGCCAGUGUUGGAGUCGAGCUCGUGGCCUGCCAGCAAAGGUCUGGGACAGAUGUCACGAGCCAUUGAGAGAGGCAUUGUGUCAGAUCCUGUCCUUCAGCCACUGGGCAAAGCAGCGGCCCCUUCAGAGCACUCCUGGCAAGCUGUUAAAUCACUCACCCAGGCCAGACUUCUUUCUCAGCCCCCUGCCAAGGCUUUUUUGUAUGAGCCAGCAACUCAGGCCUCAGGAAGAGCACCUGCAGGGGCUGAGCAGACCCCAGGGCCUCCCAGCCAAGCACCAGGCCUGGUGAAGCAGGUGAAGCAGAUGGCCGGAGGCCAGCAACUACCUGGACUUGCUGCCAAGAGUGGGCAGUCCUUCAGGCCUCUUGGGAAGGCCCCAUCCUCCCUCUCCACUGAAGAGAAGAAGUUGGCAACCACAGAGCAGAGUCCCUGGGCCUUGGGCAAGGCCUCACCAGGGCCAGGGCUCUGGCCCAUGGUGGCUGGACAGACACUGGCACAGUCUUGCUGGUCCUCUGGGAGCACACAGACAUUGGCACAGACUUGCUGGUCUCUUGGAAGAGGGCAAGACCCUAAAUCAGAGCAAAAUACCCUUCCAGCUCUUAACCAGGCUCCUUCCAGUCACAAGUGUGCAGAGUCAGAACAGAAAUAAUACCGGUAAAUGCCACAUGACCAGACCAGCUGCCCCCAGGGUUCUUGGGGAAGGGAAAAAUCUUCUUUUUCCCUCUUAAAAAACAGACCCCCAACACUUUGCCACUGUUAUUCUCUCCUUAUAUCCCAACAUUCAGAACUCUUGCGACGUUAGCCAGUGGGGGCUUGUGGUUGUGUGAACCAUGUAUGGAAAUCCAAGUGGGCCCCAGCCAAGGAGACAGACAGACUCGGGUCUCUUUCCCCCAACCUUUACUCAUGGUGAACUUGAAAUAAAAAGUCCACUCUGGAGUCAAGCAUGGGAUUCAAUUCCGCUGGUCAGGUUGAAGGUAGAGGGGCUCUCAAAGCUAUUUCUCUAGCCCUACCAAGCCCCACUGAGGGUACCUGAUGAACCCUUGGGAGGAACUGAUACCCAUUCAAAUCGGUGGUGAUUUCUUAAACAUUCAUGUGUGCUAGGCCUGGUGCUAGUCACUGGCAGGAGAUACAGAGAUAAAUAAGACCUGAUCCCUGUGAGCCUAACAUGCUUGCCUGGGUUCCCAGGUUAUUUUUAAAGAACCUUUGACCAGGAAAUAACAGAAUGUUUGAGGGGCCCUGGGACUCCGGGCUCAUUUUGUCAUGUCCUUUGUGGCCCCAGAAGUGGUUGUUUUGAGUGUCUCCUGGUCAGGUGUGCCUGUGUGUAUGUGCAUGUGUGCACACUCAUACGGAGGUCUCCUCUAUAGGCAGGUGGAGCCUGUUGGCUGGGCAGCCUCUGCUGCUGCUGUCUGGGCUCUGGAGAGUCUAAAGAUCUGUCCGUGGUGGAGCAGUUGGUUGGGGGGCUGGGCUCUGUGAGGACACAGCUUUCCCUCAGUGUAAGAAAGCAAUUGGCAAGCUUACCUUUCUUUUCUACAGAUUUUCCUCCUUUUACAUCAACCCACCCCAUGCCUGUCCCCCAAACACUCAGGUGCUUUCAGAUUUCAGAGUCUCGGGCAGUAGACCUAGGGAAUCUCUGGCAAGCUCUGGGCUAGAUCCACCACCAGCUCAGGGAGAGUGCCAGAUCCUGGCAAGAAAUUACUUCUCUCCUGAUCCUUUGCCCUCCUACCUGAAUGGAGGGAGUCUUCUUCACUAGUGGAUUCUACCACCCUCUCCCUGAGAAAUGCUGUGCUCUGUAUUGAGAGCACCUGCCUGCUGACUUAGCUCAAAGGCAAGCCAGAACCCUUCCCCAUGACUGGCAAGAUGUGGCGUUUAGAGCAAUGUCCAGUCCAAGAGAUGACUCCUCAUAACUGCUGAUUAUCUGUUACUGCUGCCCUGAGCUGGGGCCCAAGGGCUGGGAAAUCUGUUGGUGCUACCCUGCCCUACCAUUCACCCAGCUCACUGACUGCCAACAGGAAGUGCUGUUUGGCCAGUUCCUUCUCAUUCACCUACCCCCUCUUUGUCCCUAGACCAAACAUGUUUACCUCUCUGCUUUGCCAACUUAGCCAGCAGCUUUAGCCAACAGGCCAUCUCCUGGCCCCAAGGUCUCCUGGCCAUUUCUGUCUCAGUUAUGGCUUUUACACCCUCAACAGGAUUCUGUAUUUUGUCCCAAUUUCCUCCUCCUGAGUUUCUAUUGAGGUUACUCCCAUACUUCUAAGGAGGGAACAACUGUUGUUAUAGAAGCAUUUGCGCUUUAUAUAAAGAUUUAAAAAAGAAUUUGCUUUUAUUUCCCAAAGUCUGUCUCUGGGGUUGAGACAUUUGAACUCAGGCAGAGGCAUGAGGCUGGGCAGGGCUGCCCUGAGUUUAGGGGCCUAUUCUUGCAUCUCACUUAGACCUCGGACUCUCCUCUGUAAAUUCCACCUGCCUAGUUCUCCUGUCAUCCUGUCUCUCUUCCCACAUCAUCAGAGAGGAAAAGCUCUUUGUUUUAGAGGAAGAGAAAACAAAGCAUCUUAUUUUCUUUUAAAAAAAUUUUAAACCAUGGAAAAGAUAUUUUUAAAGAAAUCCACCCAGAACAUUAAAGUUCAUUAUAUUAAGUAUUUAUCAUGUGUGAGAAUAAUAAGUAUAUAACUGCAGCUAGUAGGUCCCUUUCCCUAAUCUCUUAGGUUGUAUGAGUAGGAUUUGCUUGGUGCCAGUCCUGUGCCCUUUUUUUCUCCUGUCAUCUGUAGUUGUGAUCAGAAAAAGAUAUCCGCACUGCGCUGUCAGAAUCUCUUUCCACUGUGUUGUGUGUUAAAUUACCGUAGCUCUUUGUUUCAUGAAAUAAACUGUGAAUUUUGUUGGGGGGGGGGUGUGCAGGCUAUGUAAAAUUUUUAAGUGGAGAAGUUUGAUCCUGAAGGAGCUUCUCUGAUGUAGGCUUUGGUAGGUAAUUGACUUGACAGCCACUCUAGAUAUGUCUCACAGGACAGGAAGGAGUGAGGGAAAGGUGGGCCACUUUGUGGUUUUGUUUCAGUUUUUUCCAUUCUCCUAUUCACUGGAAAGCUUCCUUCCAGACCUGCGUAGGAAACAGCUUCUGAAGCUGUUUAUUUAAAUGGAUGGACAGCCAGCCGGGCUUUCAUGAGGGCCAUUUUAAGACUCUCUUAGGUUGAUUGGAAAUUAGAUGUUCAACUCUCAGGCCCACUGAUAGCAUUUGAUACUAGAUUGUUAACAUCAUGAAAGCAGUCACUAUACAAUUAGAAGCAGAGUCGGAAGGACUUUUGGGAAGUGAGACUCUUGCAUGACCCGUUGGGGUAGGUGACCUUGCCAUCCUUUGGGGAUUCUCCUGGAACCUAUACUGAGACCUUUUCUCCAGGGGGUGUGACUUGGCAGUUAAAAGGAAAUCUUUACUCUUAGAAACUCCUGAUCUUUGUGUAGGAUGGCAUUUUGGCAUUUGGCCAAGUGCUUGUAAAUCAGGAUCUCAAUAGAGCGUCUGCCUCUAAGCCAGUUCCCCAGGAAGCCUUUCUGAGGGGGAAGCCAUAGCUUCCAUAGGUAGUUAGAGAACUAAUACCUGUCCUAGCCCUGUUAAGUCAGAAAAAAUUAUGGAAACUGUUGAAAUUUGAAUUCAAAGCCUCAUUUGCUUCUCUACUGGAGCAAACCCAUUCUAAUAGCAAAAUAGUUGUCAUUGCUACAAAAACAUCCAAGUUUUUAAAUGUCUGCUUCCCCCUGAAGUUACUGAGUUUGAAGUGAUUUAAAUCACUGUGUUGAUCCUCUUCUGAACAACUACCAAAUCUACAUCUUUAGCAUUGAUGAAAAUAAUUAUUUUAUUCUUUACAUCCUCCACCCCACACUACAGUCAGGGCAUGAAGUGCAUCAGCGAUCCUUUUCCAGGCUUGGCAGCGUCUACUCACAGGAGCUGGACUCCCAGGUUGCCUUGUGAGAACAGUGGCAGGAAGGAAGUCUGGUCCUGGCAGCUUCCCCUGUGGAGAAGAAUCAGGAGAGCACUAAAUGUGGAUGGAUUUUUUUUUUUUUUUUUCCGUCAGCUCCUAUAAAGCGGGUUUUUUCCUAAGGCUUUUUGGGGGGACAUUGUCAUCCUCUUGGGGUCUGUCAGGAGGUCAGAGUAGCCCAGUGUCCUCACUUCUCUGAGAUCAUGGCAGGAAAGGAGCUGCCACAAGCCCCUUUUCCUGCUGAAUAAUGCUUGGGCUGUUCCAUGUGUUAGACAUUCCAGAUCAUUAGAGCUGGGUAGCUGCUGCACGAGACUUUGCUUGGCUGUGGACAGUUAGCUCUCAGCUGAGCUUCCUAGAGUUAGUGCAGCAGGGCCAGAGGUUGCUGUAGUAUAAAUUGAAAAAGAGAAUAGGUGAUUGCUUUGUACACACACAAAAAAUGCAAUGAUGGUGCUAAUCUCCUGGUAUAAAUAAGCACUGCCAAGGGUUGAGGGACUGGUGACUUGAGAAACCCAGAUUCCUGUUUGGGAAGAAGAGAUGUUAUGUAGUUUCCUUGAGGCUUUAUUAGAGGAGGGGAAGGUAGAGCCUUGGUGAAUCUUGCACCUGACCCUGAAAUAGUCCAGUGCAGUCCAGAGGUGGAAGAGAUGCUGUUUCCAGAUGAGGGUGGCCAUUGAGUUUCUCAGGGCUGGUGUCACCUUGUCCAGAGCCUCUGUCCACACUGCCUGAACAGGUUGGUAGAGAGCUCCAAGUGUGGGGUCUCCCUCAGCUACCUUCUGCCCCUCUCUACCUCUUCCACUCUCAUGGGAGCACCUCUAUUGCUUAUGAAGAUUAAGGGUAAUAUUUCUUAAGGAAGUGGAAAGAGUUUAUUUUAAUUAGAAAUCCACAGCCUGGGGAGAAAUGUUUCCUAUCAACAUAAGCAAAAAUAGCACAUGUUAAACUCAUAUGGUCCCUUUUCUAGAGCUACUUUCCCAUGACUCUCAAAACAUCAGGCUGUUGAGGGCUUCAGGUGUAACACCCUGGAAAUCGAGCAAAGCUUUUUGGACAGGAGGUGAGCCUAGGGAGUUAGGAGCAGAAAUGAGUGGUUCUGGUGCUUUGGACUUCCAGGGUAGGGGCAGAGAACAGGUGGUCUCUAGGUCUGAGGUGGGUGCUGCCUGUGUGUGCAUGUAGGUGAGAGUGUUGAAGACGGGCGAGUGCAGCACACAGGAGCUCAUGGAAGAGCAGCUAAGUCUUGGCAAAAAAACAAGCUGACAAUAGAGAUCUAUCUUUAUAUUUUUAAGAAAGGGGCAGAGGGGGUGUCAGCUGAGGUCCAUCACUUUUUUGCCCCCCUUCACCCCAAUAGAUUGUCAGUGAUAAGUGGAACUCUUAGUGAAAAAGAGGGGAGCCCUGUGCUAGGAGUCCCCAUAAACAUGUACUGUAAUUCUUUGUAUAUAGAAAAAAAUUACUGUAAAGUAAAGUUUAACUUUACUCUUA